CGGGAAGUAUCAAGUCUGGACAGAGACCAGAUGGUUCUCUUCAGAGGUCGAUUUAUAGGAAUCCUACAUUGAAUGAACAGUAUUUCAAUUUCCACAGCUGGGUGCCUCUUACCAGAAAAAGGAAUCCGAUCUACUACCUAUCUUCAAGAAUCAGAAGAAUCUGCAUGAGUGAUACUAUCAACGGUGAAUUAGAUAAACUACGGAAGAUCCUCAUUCAAAAUGGAUACCUAUCCAGAUUUGUUGAGAAGAACUUGAAAUUAAACUGAACACGGAGCAAGUACUCACAAUUCCAAAGAAGACCUUUCUUAUGAACUUUGGUUUCAAAUGCGAUACGACAGUAGAGAUCCUGAAGAAUCGGCUGUUUAGUUAGCUAAAGAAGACAUUCUUCGUUGCGAAGGUACAGAUCAGCUUCUCUAGUCAGCAACUGGUUCCGGAGUGCGUUAAGGACAAGUUGUUGCUUUGGGCCACCUCGGCCGCACAAAGCGUAUACUUUCCAAGUGUACCUCUGAGCACCAUCCUGCAUAUUUGUCGAGGAAUAAUUCAAAUCGAUUAACAGUUCAAUUCUUGAACAUUUGAUCAACUCUUGAUAUCUAGUUCGACCACAGUCCCCCUUCAUUGUCAUAUGUAGAGCCAAGUGGAUUAGUCUAAAAGAAGUACGCUUUCGACACUUGUGCACCAUGGCAGAAGCACUGGCAAUCCAUCAUUUCAAACCUGAUCUCUGCGUGGAGAAGAAGUAUGUUCAAUUUCUUAUCUUACCAUGGUCAUAACACUUCCGAAUUUUUCGAUUUCAUUGCUAGUUAAUUUAUUAGUAUCACCUUCAUUAUGACCCUUGUCUCAUUCUUCACCUUCUUUACAUCCAUCUUUCAAGUGGACAUCCAAUAUACGCAUUUCUCAUCUAACAACAAUUUUCACCUUUUUAUGUUUAUGGUAUAUAUAAAUAGGAGUGUACGGCUUUAGAAAGUGAUAUCGUCAAUGAAGGAAAUUUUCUUCGCUGAAUUAUCUCUUCUUUUCUUUAUGACUCGAUGGGCAUGUUUCGUCUUAUAAACCAACUAAAAAUACUGUAACAUUUUGACAGCUCUCAUGUUCCACUCCUUUUUGUCAUAUAGUUUACUCUUUUUCAGUAGUUUCAAACAAUUACAAUGAGCUCUUGUGACAGACAAACGCUGCUGAACGCAUUCAAAUCGUUGGAUAAAGAUGGAGACGGUACUGUUUCUUCUGAAGAACUGAGAAACUGCCUGGUAGCUUGUGGCUUUAAUGAAAAAGAUGCAAAGCCCUUAAUGGAAUACUUGGACUCGAAUAAAGAUGGAAAAAUUACAUUGGAUGAAUUUUUAAAUGCUCUUCAGUGAGAUGUUGAAUAGACUUGGUGGUUUACACACAACGUGAUCAACAAUCGUGUUGUAAAAAUGUUAAAGAAUACAUGGUGUUUCCAGUUA